AUGUCCAUAGUUUUGAGAUUUGUGAACAACAAAGGAGAAGUGAUUGAGCGAUUUCUUGGAGUUGUGCAUGUUAGGGAUACCUCUUCAAAAUCUUUAAAAGAAUCCAUUGAUGAUUUCUUUGCAAAGCAUGGCUUGUCAUUUUCAAAAAUUAGAGGUCAGGGUUACGAUGGAGCUUCUAACAUGCGUGGUGAGUUUAAUGGUUUGAAAGCACUUAUUUUAAAUGAAAAUUUUCAAGCACAUUAUGUUCAUUUUUUUGCUCAUCGACUUCAGUUAGUAAUUGUGACAACUUCAAAGGAUCAUGCAUUGGUGAGUAACUUUUUCGAUCAUUUAAUUAUGAUUGUGAAUCUUAUUGGAGCUUUAUGUAAAAGAAGAGAUGCUCUUCGUCAAAAGUAUCAUGAUGAUCUUGUACAAUGCAUAGACUCUGGUGUAAUUGAUACUGGAAAAGGAAAAAAUCAAGAAACAGGCUUAGCGCAGCCAGGUGAUAGUCGUUGGGGUUCUCAUUAUAAGACAAUCAGUCGGAUUUUAGAUAUGUGGGAUGCAAUUAUAGAUGUUCUUGAAGUUAUAAUUGAGGAUGGGAUUGAUCAAAAAAGUAAAGGUUCUGCUGCAGGUUUGGUUGAAAAAGUAUUGACUUUUGAAUUUGUUUUCAUUGCUCAUUUGAUGUUCACAUUAUUGGCGAAAACAAAUGCAUUAUCAGCUGCUUUGCCAUGA